UGGUAACAACCAGGAAGUACCUUUAACAUGAAACGGUAGGUAAACUAAACCGUUUUAGUCCUUCUGAUCUCUGCUAGCGGAGACCUGGAUCUAGAGAGUCUACAUCAGAGGGCAGAAGCAUGAGUGGGAGCGAUGAAGAGAUCAAACCGGUCAACUGUACCAUCAAACCUCCAGUCUACCUGCACAUCGGAGACACCAAGACAGACCCCGCCCACUCUGGAGUCUGCGUGGUCGACGUCACUCUGCCCUUUGGGAAGAUCGUCAAUAUAGAGGAGAUCACCUUUAAGAACUACUACACGGCCUACCUGACGGUGCGUCUGCUGAGGAGGGGCCCCGGGCAGGAGGCCCCCGCUAAGUGGUGUACAGCUCUCAGAGACCUGCCUCUCAUGGACAACCCCCACACUGAGGGGGGGUCCCAGGACUACUACUCUAUCCACAGGACUCAGAUGCAGGUGGAGCCUGAUCAUGUGACCUCAGUCAGACUGAUCCUCAGACAGCCGUCGUCAGCGUGGCUCACCUUCAGCCUGGAAGAGAUCAAAAUAUAUCCUCACACAGAGCCCGACCCAGAGAAGGAGGUCUCUGAUUGGCUGUCUGACCUGACCCUGGUGGACAAUCAUCCUGACCUGGAGCACGGCCUCCCUGAACCCCAGACGGUGUCGUCCAGUCUGCAGCAGAUGUGGGCUCUGACUGAGGUGAUGCAGAGCAACCAGACCACGGCCUCCAUCGGACGCUUCGACGUGGACGGAUGUUACGACAUCAACCUGCUGUCUCUGACAUGACGCCUCCAUCACGUCCUCAACACGGAGAGAUUUAUCAACGCUGCACUGGAAACGUGACGACUAAGAUAAUACAUCAUCAUUGGCUUUAUAACCAUUAUAGUUAGAGCUGUAUGAGCUCCUUUUAUUAUUAUUAUUAUUAUUAAUUUAUGAGGGCAUGGCGUGUUCUACUCAGACAUCCCUCACAGAUAACUGAAGUUUAAUAUUUCUGUGUUUUAUCAGAGUCUCUCACAGAAGGACAGCACGAAGAGACCUUUAGUUUUUACUCCCUCUCUGGUCGGUCUUAGUAAUUCUACUUCCUGUGCUCCAGUCUGUCUGUAGCUGUUUCUCAAAGUCCAGUGUCCGUUUGGAAAGUAAAAAAUAUUACUUCCUAAGUCCUUCCCUAUCCAAUUUUCCUGAACCCUAGUGAAAAACAUCACAGAGUCCAGGAAAGGUGGGAGAAGGAGGAUAUCUGUGUAAAAAGUACAGUUAAACAUUGAUGGACUACAAAAUUCUCAUCCACCACAUUUCCUCUGAUUUUGCCUAAUUUAUUUAUUUUUUGAAAAGAAGGAAAACUGUGUGCAUUUUGUCUGCUCUGCUGCAGACAAACUCCAUGUCUGUUUAAAACAUAGGAUGUGAGCAAAGGUGUCCAUCCAGGUGGAGCAGGUCAAUCCAAACAGGAGGAACAGGUGGAACAGCUAAAAAUAAAACACACCUCUCAGACUCCUGAUGGUAGGCUUCAUCACCACAUCAACCUUACAUCUACAGUUGAGACAGUAAAGUUAGAGUAAAUCAUUGUCUGUCCUACUGUUAAUCACAGGUUCAGUAUUUAUUUAACCUAAUACCAGUUUAAUACCAGUUUAAUCCAUGUUUUCAAAAAUCAUCACUCCCUUUAUAAAACAAAAAAAUCAAAGUGAAUGAGUGAAAUAAUCAGACCUAAUGAUAUCAGAACCCGAGGAACAGAGCUUUAGCAGCACUGACAGAGAAAAGAGAACUUUAGAGGAGGAAAACCUCUGGAGUUUUUUAGACACUACAUCCUUCCCAGUAAACAUGAAGCUUUAAAUCAUCCUUAAUAAUAAACAUCAUUACUAUUACUAGUGUAAAUGUAUUAUAACCACUGUCACAGUAUCAGUGAGUGAUGUGAUGGUUGAAUUUUGAAUGUCUUUAAAUAAAUCAGACUUAACCAGA